UACAUUUGUUAAGGAUAGGGAGACUGGUGAAAAAGUCUUCAGACUAAUUUAUAUACAACUCACAAAUGACUUUUUCUCAUCAAGCUCAAAUUCAUAUUCAGAUCUGUUUUUUGUUGGCUAUAGCUCUGUUCCAGUGUAGUCAGUCAGUUUCGUGACUUUGCAUAGAUGUGAAAAAAAAUGGGAGAAAACAAUUGUUGGGAAAGAGAAGUAGUGAUUACUGAGCUAACCAAGGGGAAGGAAUUGAUGUUGCAACUGCAAAAGCACUUUGAUCCCAUGAAACAGGAUGUGUGCCAGUAUUUGGCUGCGGAAAUACUUUCUUCCUAUGAUAAAGCUAUGUCCCUCUUGAAUGGCACAGCUUUAUCAGGUAUGAUGAUGAAUAAAGGUAAAGAGAUUAUUAAUCCAACACCAUCUUCAUCAACUGCCAAGUUGGAAUCUCCUCAACUUCUGGCUGAUAGUAGCACAAAGAGCUGUGACCGUCCCUCUAACUCCAGGAAGAGGAAGACGCUGGCACGAAGGACAGAGUAUGUAGGAGCUCGACCUGGAGAAGAGGUUCCACCUGAAGAUGGAUACAGUUGGAGAAAAUAUGGACAGAAACAUAUAUUAGGUGCAAAAUAUCCCAGAGAAUAUUAUCGAUGUGUUCGUUGUCGUUCAUCUAAUUGUGAGGCUACUAAGAUGGUCCAGAGAAGUAAGACAGAGCCAUUAGCUUUUGAAGUUACAUAUGGAGGAAGUCACAGUUGUGGUCAAGAAAACAAAAAUCAAAAUGAACAACUACUUACUGUGCAAACACAAGCUGGAAGAGCAGCAGGAGAACUACCUGAAUGCCACAUUCCUGAGAUGGCUUCAACCCCAAAUAAUUCAUAUAACAAUUCCUCAACAGGAAUUGUGUUCUCAAACUCCAAUUCGUUAUUCAACAUCACCAAUUCCGACUUCAUCCCCACACCGACUUCUUCACCUCAUCCAUUCCCAGACACGGAAAUUCCACUUGAUGUCAAUAGUUUCUUUGAUCUCUUGGUUGAUCAUGAUGUGCCUGAAAAUGCUAGAAACACCUAUAAAAGUAGCGCGGAUCACAUUCCUCGCAAUGCAGACUGGAAUAUGUCACGUGAUAAUCUCACUACCUUAUUUGAUCAUGUGCCUGAAAACGGUAAGUGCAUCUAUAAAGGUGUCCGCCGGAGUCCUUUGGGUAAAUGGGCAGCUGAAAUUCGCGAUCCAAAUCAUGGGGCUCGCAUCUGGCUCGGCACCUAUGAGAAUUCUCGCGAUGCUGCUCUGGCUUACGAUGCUGAGGCCUAUAAGCGCUAUGGGAAAAAUGCUGAACUCAAUUUUCCUCAUCAUUACAACAAAUAGGCUGAAAAUUCCAGACCAAUGAAUGUUAACAAUUGAUUUUUUAAUGAAUAAAUGUAUCAAAAAUUUUAAAAUCAAACUGUGUAAUAUUUAGCAGUAAUGAGUUCAUAUUUAAUUUAGAGAUAAGAAAUAAGUACCUCUGA